ACAAACAAAAGUCACUUUAUUUAUUUCUUUUUCUGUCCCCACUUUCCUUCUCUCUGCUCAAUUAUUUUGCAUCAAAGCAGCACCACUUGAUUAAAUUGCCUUCAAAUCACCACACCAAAUAUUGCUCUCCAUUAUUCACCAACCUUUCCUUCAAUCUAUCGCUCAUUCCUCCCAAUGGCCGAAGCUUUGUUGGGCUCUGUGAUUGAAAAUUUGGGAUCUUUUGUUCAAGACCAACUUGGAACUUACUUGGGUGUUGAACAACAAAUUCAGAAGCUUUCCAACAACCUCACCGCAAUUCGUGCUGUCCUCAGAGAUGCGGAGAGAAAGCAAAUUACAAGUGAAGUCCUCAAGAAUUGGCUGCAGAAACUUACAGAUGCAGCAUAUGUAUUGGAUGAUAUCUUGGAUGAAUGUUCAAUUCACUUCACAAAGAUGCCCUCUGAUGAUGGACAUACUUCAUGCCUAUCCCGUCUCCAUCCUAAGGACAUUCUCUUUCGUUUUAAUAUUGCCAAGAGGAUGAAAGACAUCACCCAAAGAUUUCAUGACAUUCAUGAAGAAAAGAGCAGGUUUAAUUUAGAACAUGGUGUCACAGAGGUGCAAGCAGUGGAUGAUGAUUGGCGCCAAACUAGCUCUGACAUUACAGAACCUGUAGUUUAUGGCAGAGACCAUGAUCGAGAGCAAAUUGUGAAGUUUCUUCUGGAAGACGCUAGUAACAGUGAAGAGCUCUCUAUCUUUCCCAUAGUUGGCAUGGGUGGACUUGGCAAAACAACAUUAGCCAAGCAGGUUUUCAAUGACCACAGGGUAUGCAAACAUUUUCACAAGACAAUUUGGGUUUGUGUUUCCGAUGAUUUCAACAACAUGACAAUACUACAAUCCAUCAUAGAAUGCAUCACCGGGCAAAAUCCCAAUCUCAAUAGCUUAGAAGCAAUGCGGAAAAAGGUUGAAGAAGUGUUGCAUGGGAUGAGGUAUUUACUUGUUCUUGAUGAUGUGUGGAAUGAAGACCCAGAGAAAUGGGAGCAGUUGAAGGGAAAGCUGCAGUGUGCAAGGGCAGCAAAAGGAUCUACCAUUUUGGUCACUACUCGACUCGAGGAAGUUGCUUCCAUCAUUCAGACGCAUCCUGCUUACCAUUUGAAAAAAUUGUCAGGAGACGAAAGUUGGUCGUUGUUCAAAUACCAUGCGUUUGGACCAAACCGAAAAGAAAUGGAAGAGCUCGUGGCAAUUGGCAAAGAGAUAGUGAGAAACUGCAUUGGUUUACCGCUUGCAAUAAAAACACUGGGAAGCCUCUUGCGUGAUCAAAGUGAGGAUAUCUUCGUGGACUGCCCAAAAACUUGACGCAAUUACAAGAUCUAAGACAUAUUGUGAUGGAUGAUUGUGAUUCAGUAGUAGAGACGCUUCCCAAAAUUAGCAAGUUAAGGCAUCUAAGAACACUAAGCAUUUUCGUGGUGGGUUCAAAGCCAGGG